UCCUCCUCCUCUUCUUCUUCCUCCUCCUCCUCCUCCCUAACCCCCUUGAUGUGUUUCUUGGGGGGCUUGGAGCAGCUAGAGGAGGCAAGCGAGGGCGAGGAAAAAAGAGCCCAGCGCAGCGCCGGCGAUGGAAGAACUUACCGCUUUUGUUUCCAAGUCGUUUGAUCAGAAAGUGAAAGAGAAAAAGGAGCUCAUCACCUACCGGGAGGUUCUGGAGAGCGGACCCGUCCGGGGAGCCAAGGAGUCCGGAGGAUCCAGCGAGCCCGGCCGCGAGGACGGCAGCAGCCCCGCAGCUCGGGGGGCGGCCGGAGCAGGAGGCGGAGGAGGCGGCGGCGCAGGUGGCCGGUCGCCGGUCCGAGAGCUGGACAUGGGCGCUGUCGACAGGGCCAGGGACACGGGCACCCCCAAGCUCAGCGAAGUUUCCCCCGAGCUGAAGGACCGCAAAGAGGAUGCCAAAGUGAUGGAAGACGAAGGACAGACGAAAAUCAAGCAGAGGAGAAGCCGGACCAAUUUCACCCUGGAGCAGCUGAACGAGUUGGAGAGGCUCUUCGACGAGACCCAUUACCCGGAUGCUUUCAUGAGAGAGGAGCUCAGCCAGAGGUUGGGUUUGUCCGAAGCUCGGGUGCAGGUAUGGUUUCAGAACAGAAGAGCUAAAUGCAGAAAGCAAGAGAACCAACUCCACAAAGGAGUCCUCAUAGGAGCAGCCAGCCAGUUUGAAGCGUGCCGGGUUGCCCCCUACGUGAACGUGGGCGCUUUGAGGAUGCCUUUCCAGCAGGACAGUCAUUGCAACGUGACGCCCUUGUCCUUUCAGGUGCAGGCGCAGCUGCAGCUCGACAGCGCCGUGGCGCACGCGCACCACCACCUCCACCCGCACCUGGCCGCGCAUGCGCCCUACAUGAUGUUCCCGGCGCCGCCUUUCGGGCUCCCUCUGGCCACGCUGGCCGCCGAGUCCGCCUCGGCCGCUUCGGUGGUGGCGGCGGCCGCGGCGGCCAAGACCACCAGCAAGAACUCCAGCAUCGCGGACCUCAGACUCAAAGCCAAAAAGCACGCGGCCGCCCUGGGCCUGUGACUCUUCCUGCAGCCGCGGCCGCCGCAGCCGCCGGGGCACGUUGCAAUCCCAGCGCGCGCGUGCGCAGAAGACUGCCCGCCUCUUCCUCCUCCCUCCGCGGCCAGCUCUCCUCUACUGAGGCCGACACGGAGCCGGAGGAAGGGCACCACCGCCGCCGCCAACCCCCACUUUCUUUCUUGGUCCUGCGCGACUUAAAAUGUGAAAGACGAAAGAACCACGAGACGUUCACCGAAACGAAACAACUCUCUCUAUAUUAUAGACCCAAGGCGAUGAACAAAUAAAAGGAACAAUGGGGUUUUUUUUUUUCCUUUUUAAAUGGAGGGAGGGGAAGAGCUCCCUUCUACUACUGCUUAUAAUAUAAUAAGAAUACUAAGGAGGAGGAGAAAACGUAGAGCUUGCUCAGAAACUGGCGGGAAGAUAUAUACUUAUUUAAAAGAAUUAGAUGAAAUAGACGCGCAGCUGGGAAGUUCACAGGUUUUGAAACUGACCUUUUUCUGCGAAGAUCACUUUAAUACGAAAAUUUGAUAAGAGAGGCGGGCCUCCUUCCACGUUGCAUCAGAUACUUGAGUUUUAACAGCCACAGUCUGGAAACGGAGAUGAGAAGGAAAGAAGAAUUUAAAAAUU